CGGCAAAAGGUAAUUAAUUGUAGUUGUAGUUCAUUGGUCGACAAGUGUAGUUGUUGUUGCACAGUAAACCAGAGAAGCAUCUUCAACAAGAGGGUCGUCGUUAACAUCGAGCUAUUUUUUUUCAUAAUAAGUACCUAGAUUUCAUAGCAGUAACAAUGCAUCGAUCUCUGGUUCUGUUAACAAUUUCACUGUCGGUCACCGUGAAUUACGCUUUUGUAAUUCGUAGAGCAAGAGAUGAAAAUCAAACAGUUAAUAGAUGCGGUAGAGUAUUUUUAACCGUUUCUUCAUUCAAACAUACAUUUUUGGAGCUGAAUUGGCAGAUUAGCGCUUGUAAAUCAAAUGAUGCGUCCAGACCUGAUCAAAUCGCUUUGUACAAUUCAGACCCUAGAGCGGGUUCUGCGAAAGAGUUGCUCCGUAUAAAUCCGUUAAAUUAUGUGGAUCAAUUUUAUCGAACCAGUAUACCCUUCGGGUUUCCAACUUUGCCGGGAAAUUGGAACUAUAACAAUUUCAUAGACGGAAAUUCAACUACAGUUCCGACCCCAGGAAGUCACUGUUUUCCCUAUUGGAUCGCGUCGUUAAAAAGCGACAGAGUAAUAUAUACAGAGUGCUUCAAAAUUCAGCCCACUUGGAUGGCCGAUAAUAGCGAAAAGCUUGCAAAAUUGCCAAUUGGAAAAGCAUUUAUACCAGGAACUCAUAAUUCAGCAACAUCGCCGAAAGACAUCACUUACGUCGAUGCUUAUUCGGUAAACCAAGACAGAGACAUAUGGACACAGCUUGUGUUUGGUAAUCGAUAUUUGGAUCUCCGAAUCGCGUACUACAAGCAAAGCGACAGAUUUACGGUUAAUCACGACCUUAUCAGUUUUGGAAGUGUCCAUGCCGUAUUCGAUCAAAUAAAAGCAUUCAUUCGACUGGCUCCAAAAGAGCUGGUCGUAAUAGAUUUCCACAGAUUUCCGUAUCCAAAAGAUUUUCCCCAUGGCAAAUUCGUACAGCUGCUCAAAAACGAAUUUGGUGAUUACUACGUUCAGCAAACAGUUCCCAAAAAUGCCAAGGGUCAUCUCUUCAGUGAAAUAUGGGCAACUGGUAGAAACCUCCUCCUCUGCUACAACCACCCCAACACCAGCAUAAAAUAUUCCGAUUUCCUUUGGCAACCUAUCUAUCAGUAUUGGGGAGAUAGAAGUUCAACUUCCGGUUUGAAAACUUUCGUCAAAUCUGCAAUAGACGAUGCAAAAAAUAGCAACGCUUACAAUCGUUACUCCAACCCCCUGUGGGCCAUAAUGGCCGAAUUGACACCAACAAAGUUCGACGUUAUCUUCAAUUUAAAUGACCUCCGUGAAUUAGCAGACAGGGUAAAUCUGCCAAUAACCCGAUGGUUUAGGGACGAAUGGCCCAAUGACGUCAACAUUAUCGCUUCGGAUUUCUUCCUGGGUAACGAUUUAAUCAACGUGGCCAUAGAAGCAAACGUACUAAAGAAUUAUUAAGUCAAGUACAUUAAUAAUAAUAAAAACGAAGAAUAAUAAAAAUAUUAAA